UAUAAGUUAAAAAAGUUUAUUAAUUUAAAUUGUCACUUGUAUUCCUCAGACACUCAACGUAAUCUUAACUUCAGUCUUUAUUCAUUGUCGGUAUGUUAUAAUAAUGUAAUGUAGUGUACAUAUAAUGUACAGUACCAAGUAAUCACGUGAUCAAAUGGCUCUGUAUUCAGUGGUUCGUUGAUGGACACGCAAGUGUAUUUGGUGGGAUGGUGGGGCCGUCAGAGUUUGUAUCGCGAGCGUGCAGUAGCCUGUGUCGGUUAGCGCACAUUGGCGCAUCAUCACACUGUCAAUAAAAUUUAUAUAUACAUGUAAAUAUAUAUACAUAUAUAUAUAUUAAACAAGUUUUGGUCUAGUAAAAAAUGAUAAAAUUACAAUUAUUUUAUCUAACACUAGUUAGCAAACAAUUUAAAUUUAUUUAAUUUUCGUGGCGGUAAAUCUGAGUGAAUUCAAAUUUAAAUAAUUGUGUGCUAAAAAAAUAAUAAUAAAGAAAGAAAGAAAGGAAAAAAUAAUAUAAUUAGAGUGCAUAAAAAGUGUAAACGACUUGAAAGCUAGAUAGGUAGUGACUUCCGCUCUAGACGGUGGUUGUUUUAACUAUGCAACUUGUUCUCCUGGUCCUGGAGAACUACUUGCGUAGAAAACCCACUAGACUUACUUGUGACGUUUAUUUUUAAAGUUGUGGUAUGCAGUGAACUCGUACUGAUUAUUUUAAAUUAAAUCGUGUUGUUGUUAUUUAAAUAAAUUAUUUUAUUAUAUAUAAAACAAGUAAAACAAAUUGUGCUAACGGUUAAUGUCAUUGAUUGUGUGUGCGCGCCAAAUGAAUUACAAAUUAAAUGACAAAAGUUGGCAUUGAUGAUAUGAUGUGAAUUUUAAAUAUAUACUGGUUUAGUUUAUUUUUAUACGUAUUAUAAAUAAUCGUAAACGGUAUUAAUUAAUAUUAAUUUAUAGUACAGUGUUAUAGUAAAUUAUUAAAUUUUUUAAAAACGUCAAUUGAGGGAUUGAGUAAAGUUUUAAAAAUAAAAUAAUGGAUUAUUAUUUAAACCACGUUCGAGGUCUUUAAGAUGUUGAACGUGUUGAAGAGAGUAGACAAGCAACAAAAUGGGACCCGUUGAGAUCCUAAAGGGAUCCUGGAUCCCAACUACGGAGGCAUGGAUGUCAUCGGGGACGGUGAUGAGCAAACCCUCCAGGCAAUUCUCGGACGGGGCGAUUUUGUAGGAGGAAUUGAUAAUGAGGCGCUGGAUUUUUCUCAACUCGAGGAUUUCAUCAAUAGCGACAGUCCACAACCUGCCACAUAUUUUGCCGAUACACUCGCUCACAAUGAGACAAAUGGAACGACGACGAGUCAUAAUGGACGAGUGGAGACGACGAGCCAGCAACCUCCGGUUAGAUUACCCUCGCCGAUCACCCAGAAUCAUCCGGUACAAUCUGCCUGUCAAACUGGACCGACGCCCAUCCCACCACCAGUUACAACCUACAAGGACCCUCAGACCUACGUUCAUCCACACGCGUUACCAGAGAGUCCACCGGACAGUGGAAGUGAGCCGCCAUAUUCUCCACCGGGUCAUCAUGAGUCCUCCCAACAUGUUCACUCCCCACAUCAAAAGACAGCGUUGCAAGAAAUUUUACUCCAUCAUCAAGGAAACGCUCCGAGCUAUACCUCAAAUUUGUUACCUACAUCCCCAAGAACUUUAGCAGCAUCUGCUGAUCCAUUACUGCUGACUCAUCCGGUUCUGACACCCCUUCUAACACCAACGACACCAACUCUAACAGCUCAACAAACUUUAGGAUCAUCCCACGUGUCUUUACAACAGCAGCAUGAUCACAGUCCCAGUGGUAUUACGACACUGUACUCGUCGCUCCAGUCCGCUCCAAAGAAGCGUAAACACAGUCAGGAUGGACUGAUUCACGUGAAACAGGAACCAGAAUUGGGAAAUGUCGAGCACAGUUGCAGCAGCAGCAGCGCUGUUCUUGACAAUGACGAAGUCAAUGGUGAUAAUUCUUACAUUGACGCGAGUUAUCAAUGCAUUAGAUUCCAUCCAUUUCAACAGACAACGUGGCACGCACUGUGCGAUCAUAAUCUCAAAGAAUUACCGACGCCGCACUAUCGCGUUGACGCUGAUAAAGGAUUUAAUUUUAGUAAUUCGGAUGAUGCAUUUGUUUGUCAGAAAAAAAAUCAUUUUCAAAUCACGUGUCAUGCUCAAUUACAAGGUGAAGCUGUGUUUGUGCGAACUGGAGAAGGUCUUAAAAAAAUAAGCAGUUUUCAAUUACAUUUCUAUGGAGUCAAAGUGGAAUCACCGACUCAAACAAUUAGAGUUGAGCAGAGUCAAAGUGAUCGAAGCAAAAAACCAUUUCAUCCAGUUGUAGCGGGUUUCAGGGUCGAGCUGGGUGGUGAACGUGUGACAAAGGUGACAGUCGGCCGUCUUCACUUCAGCGAAACAACGAGUAAUAAUAUGCGUAAGAAGGGAAAACCGAAUCCUGAUCAGCGAUAUUUCCACUUGGUGGUAGGACUGCACGCUCAUACAUCAGACCAGUCGAGUUACCAGGUAGUGGCACACGCAAGCGAGAGGAUUAUCGUCCGUGCAAGUAAUCCCGGACAAUUUGAAUCAGAAGGUACAGGCGUGAGUACUGAAAGCGGAUGGCAACGUGGCGCAGCACCAGAUACUGUUUAUCAUGCUGGACGUGUUGGUAUAAACACAGAUCGACCGGAUGAGGCUCUUGUAGUUCACGGGAACAUGAAAGUAACUGGACACAUUGUCCAGCCGAGCGAUGCGCGUGCCAAGCAAAAUGUCCAGGAAGUUGACACACGAGAACAAUUGCGCAACGUACAGCAAUUACGGGUCGUACGGUACAGGUAUGCACCAGAGUUUGCUUUGCACUCAGGUCUUGGUAUUAAAGCACAAGAAGAUACCGGUGUAAUAGCUCAAGAAGUUCAGCAAAUUUUGCCCGAAGCGGUUUUACCAGCUGGGGACAUUGUCCUGCCAAAUGGCCAACGUAUUGACAAUUUUCUCGUUGUCAAUAAAGAAAGAAUAUUUAUGGAGAAUGUCGGUGCUGUUAAAGAACUUUGUAAAGUAACAGACAGUCUUGAGACACGUAUUGAUCAACUUGAGAGGAUUAAUAAACGUCUUGCUAAACUAAAACGUGGCGACAGUCUUAAGAGCUCCGUUAGUACAGUGUCAAGUAUUGCUAGCAGUAAAUAUUCAUCAUCAGCUAAACCCAAGAAUAAUAACAAUAAUAAUAGUAACAACAGUACUAAUAAUAAUCAUAAUUCUUUAGCUCACGGGAAACGUGACAAAGACGAGGAUUUAUUGUGCAGUAAUAAAUUUAUCCAAAUAAUAAUUGUUAUUCUUAUUCUCAUAAUGGCAUUUUGUUUAGUCGCAAUGGCGACCUUGUAUUUCCUGGAAUACCAAAAACGCAGUAAUCUUGAAUGGUCAGCAGUUGCUGCCGGUGGUAUGCUUGCCAUAGGAACAGCUCCGACACUACCUACAACUCCGGCUUACGAUUCACGAUUUAAUCCUCUGCUUCACAGUACGAUUUCACCGUUUUACACUCGGCAAGGAUUGUUUACCAAAACUUUAGACGGUCAUGUGACGUCUAAAGACAGCGUGCUAUCAACAAGCGCGCCAAAUACUAAACAACAAUACUAUUCACAAGAAAUAACAUCCUGGUAUCCAUUUGGACACUCGGGUCCACAGGCCAAGUCUGAUAAAAAUAACGAGUUGUCCAACAAUUGGUUGAGACAUGGCGCUGGUCCUGUACCCAGUAUCGUAGAUGAAAAUGAUCAAAAUGCGGAUGUGGAUCCACCGGUGCUAAAUCGCGGGCCGAUUCCUCUAGGCAGACCCGUCGACUGUCCUGCCCAUUACACAGAACUAGAGAACGCGUGUCAAAUUUACUGCUGCACGUCAGAAAUUCAUCAGCUUGAAGAUCCGCAUCCGGAGCAUCCGCCUGAAAAAAAGUCGAUGUCGAUUCAUCUCGAGCAACCUUUGGCUGUACACGAGGAAAAACGUAAAUUAAGCAAAGGAAUGCAGAACGGAAUCAGCCCAGCAGAUUCUAGUACGCAGACUCUUGUCAAGGAUACACAUUUCAAGUACAUGCCGAAAAGGAGCAGAAGAGAAGCUGGGAGCGGAGUCUGGGGUGAAGUUGCCAGCAAUGCCGCGGGUUCAAUACCACCGGAACCGAAACCGCAACUACAUAUCGUCGCUAAAAGUUUCAAUGCCACGUUGGACCAUCGGUACUGCUCAAUAACGUCUGCCAGUACGCCGAAUAAUUUCAGCUGUAAUAUUCCGUUAUCGAAACACAUGCCCGACACGCAUUUAACGCUACAUUUUAUCGGAAUGCCCUGGUACUGGCAAGUCGUACAGCAGUGUCCGGUUACGUCGAGUCUGACAACCGAUGAAACUAUCGCUUGCGGAUGGGGGUACACUCAGCAACGACAGCAGCAACAGCAACCGUAUGUUGAAAACAGUAAUCAGCCUGGUGACCAGGCUUUUGCUAUUGACGUCGCUUUUUAUUUGAGAAAAACUAUUAGAUUUCGGGUGCCUACUGUACAACCUCAUGAGAAUGUAUGCAAAAAUAAUCACGGCGGUGAUUAUCUUGAAUUCACGAUGCACUUUUAUCGUGACUGCGAUGGAUGAACCAAUUCCCAGUGAGCUUGCAGUACGUUUGGAAUUAACACAUAUCAAUUUCCAGGAUUUAUUACUACUAUUGUUUUUUUUUUAAUUAUAAAUUAUUAUUUAUUUAUAAUGAGAUGAUUCAUUAAAAAUAAAAUGACUUUGUUAUUUUUUUAUUAAAAAACUUUGCCGUAAUUUGCUGUAAAUGUGUAAUGAUAAUUCUACGUAUAUGCUAAGCUAACUUUGAUAUAUACAUUGAAGGAAAAAAAAAAGAUAAAAUUCCAGUCGAUGUUAUUCGAUGGUAUUUGGUGAUAAAUUAUUGAUCAAACUGCAUUUUGUGAUCUUGCAUUUGUAUUUAGUCUUGAUAACUGAUUUUAAAAAUACAGAUACAUGCAAGUGCAGUAUUUUGAAUCUCACAGAGAUUUAUUACGUAACUCAUUUUAAAUAAAUUGUAACAUUAAUAAAAUUAUUUAUAAUAUAUUGAUAUUGAUAUUUAUAAAUAUUAAUGACGAUACUCAAGAUUAUUUUAUUUGGCAAUAAUUUUGAGAAUAUCAAUAAAUUAUUGGCAGCUAAAUAAAAAAAAUCCAUUUGAAAAUAAAUAUUUAACGCGACGUAGUGAUACGUAAAUUUUUACUUGAAGCUUAAACUUUUAAAAAAUAUAAAUAAACUAAAAUAAUUAUAUCAUACUGUCAUUAAGUAAAUAGUGUUAUUAAAUUUACUAUCAACUUAUUAAUUAUUCAAGACAAUGAUAAUGAUGAUGAUGAUGUAAUUUACUUAUUAUAUAUAUUUAUAAUUAGAGACAUUUGUAUAUUUUUUCAUGACUAUACAUUUUUUUAUUUUUUUUGUUUUUAUUG